CAUGUUCUCCCUCCUUGGUGUUCAUUCGUCAGAAAGGAUUCGUCAUCCAGCGAGUAGAAACCGCAAACGUUACAAGACCGCAGUGGAUACUGAUACCUCAACAUCCACCCAAGUCGAUUUCAUACGGCCUUUCCACCAGCACAGGAGAACUCGCCUUGAAAAAGUUGCUUGAGAGAGCCUGAGUAACUGGCUUCCCCACCUUCUGCCCAUAUUAUUACGGACAUAUGUAUGGCCGCUCGACUUUACCGUUCAGGCCUACUUUUUAGACUCAAGGCGAACUACCACAAGGACCUGAAAGACCAGUUACAAAGUGAUUAGGAAUGACUACAGCCAUUGUUACUGGUACUGGUCGGCGAUCUUCUAUGCGGCAGUCAGAUUUGCAGACUUCAGUAACUGAUUCUAUUUCACAAUCAAUGACUACCAGUCCGAUAGACAAGUUCCCGCAAUUCAAGGACGACCUAUAUGAAAUCGCUGCAGGGCCAAGAGAACCUCAUCCAAGUUUUGCGACUAAGUAUACACCGAAUGAUCGCUGGGAACCGCGCAAAGAAAAUCAUUUCGCCCCAGAGUAUACAAAUGGGACAAUCAGGCAUUCUAAGCAUAAGCCGAGGAAAAGCAUCAGCGAGGCAAUCAGUACCAUCCGCACACGUAAUGCCAGUGUGAGCGCUAACGCGCAAGAAUUGGCCCAAGCCCUCCGGGCGCCAGUGUCAUACAAACUGAUAAGUCUUUGCCUCAUCUGGUACAUGACCUCCGCUCUAACAAACACGUCGUCGAAAUCCAUCUUGAAUGCACUCCCAAAACCAAUCACUCUUACGAUCGUGCAAUUUGCGUUUGUAUCAAUAUGGUGCUUACUGCUGUCAUAUCUCUCGAAGAUAUUACCAUGGCUCAGGAAUAGUAUACCGGCCCUCAAAAAUGGUAUCCGUUACCCCUCGCGCGACGUUAUAAUGACCGCGUUGCCUCUCGCAGUAUUUCAGCUAGCAGGCCAUAUACUAAGUUCCAUGGCUACUUCCCAAAUACCGGUCUCGCUGGUUCAUACAAUCAAGGGACUAUCGCCUUUGUUUACAGUCUUAGCAUACCGCGUGUUCUUUCGCAUCCGAUAUGCCAGCGCUACCUACCUAUCUCUUGUUCCCUUGACUUUAGGUGUUAUGCUUGCUUGUUCCACUGGAUUUUCUACAAACUUCUUUGGAAUAACUUGUGCAUUGGUUGCGGCUUUGGUCUUCGUUUCCCAAAAUAUAUUUUCUAAGAAGCUGUUCAACGAAACAGCUCGCGGAGAAUCGGAGACACAACCGUCCGCUCAACGGAAAUUGGACAAGUUAAAUUUACUUUGCUAUUGCUCUGGGUUGGCCUUCAUACUAACGCUACCAAUAUGGGUUCUCUGCGAGGGUUACCCAUUACUUUCAGAUGUAAUGCACGACGGAUCCAUCUCGCUGUCAGGCAAGGAGAACUCCUUAGGUCAUGGUGCUCUUUUAUUUGAGUUUGUGUUCAACGGAGUCUCCCAUUUUGCGCAAAACAUCCUGGCAUUUGUUCUGCUAUCCAUGAUAUCACCGGUUUCUUACUCAGUGGCAUCUCUCGUGAAGAGAGUAUUUGUCAUUGUCGUUGCGAUCGUAUGGUUUGGCAAUUCAACCACUGCGAUGCAGGCAAUUGGCAUCGCUCUUACAUUUAUUGGACUAUAUCUCUACGAUCGCAACAGCCAUGAUGAUCUAGCAGACCAAAGGGCGAACGCAGACCACUUUCGCACGCAGGACAAUGUACUUCCUCUCAACAUUCGGAGUACAACUAAAACAUGGGAUUCUAACGGCUAUGUAUUUCCACCGGGGAAGACUAGUGAGCGUCAGUUUCUAGACGACACACAUUCUUUCUCAAACAACCUGAAGAAGGUCGAUGAUAUACCAGGCCGAGUCCGCCCCAGGGGAAGCAGUAAUACUAGGGCAUGGCUGCCACCUGGCACAAAGCAGGAGACAACUUGGCAGCCAAGUGACUCUUAGAUGGUCUUGACCUUGAACUUCAUGGUUUUUACUCUGCUCCCUGAAGCGCUUAGGUCUCGUGGUGUAACAAUCUUCAGUUUGCCGUAUGGCACCUUUUCUCUCUCUUCCUCGUGUGUCUGGUCUUGGGGGUGGGGUUUAGAUAAUAUUUUUGUAUUGGUAUGAAAGACUCUUAAUAGAAGCAAAUUUUCCAAAGUCUCAAGAACUUAGUUGAUUUUCCUUACAAUGCUGCAAUCACGUGCCCUGUUUUCAACUACUUAAGGCUACCCAGUAUCUUCGUAUGGUGAGAAAAACCAAGGUUGGCCAGCCAAUAACCCGAUCAGUCAAAAUCUAAGACGAAAUUUCUUUAAAGUGCUGAGGUCGUAAGUCUAUUACAUUUGCCAGUUGAGUGCUCGGAUACCAACAAAAACUAAUUAGACAUAGAAGAGCUAAUGUUCGCUUGUUCAUCAAUACAUGUACAACAAUAAAUGUCGCCACUGUCAGUAAAGAACUAUACCUUCAUCAGGUAGUCACAUCAAUAGAAUGAGAAUAACCUUAAGGAGCUCCAGCUCAGUGCAUUUGUUCUUGGGACAUGUAGCAGAGGGGGGAGGGAUAGAAGAAAGCCCUACCACCUACAAUAAUCAUGCCCGUGAAUGAGUUUGAUAAGAGGA